UUUGCCUACCUAUAUAUUCGCGUUUCCUUGACCCUGGUAGAUUACAAUACAAACACAUAAGCCAGUAUCGAGGCGGCGUUUAUAAAACUACGUUUCAUACUCGUCAGAUGAUUCGAAGAGACCGAAAACGCGAACGUUACUCGAGAAAAUUUUGCAAGUAAUCUGGCCGAAGCGACUUGGACAGUUUAUCGUGAUCAUCCAACUCGAAUACGUAGUUGGCCGACGAUCCGCGCAGAAGGUGAUCGACAGCGUGGAAGGAAGAUGCGUGCUCGCGGAUAAGCGUAAUCGAUGAAGUUCCACUCGUCAGCUGUUUUCAAUAGGAAAUGAUACGUAUAAACAACGAUUGGAAAGUUUCAGUACUUGUUGACCGUGUAUAGCAUUUUAGAUUGUGAGAGAAAUCGACCAUUGGAGGAUCAAAUUUAUCUCUGAUGCUUCAAAUCAUACAGAUAAUUGAUUAUAUAUAACAACGAAGCUUAGUGAUCGAUAGCUCACGAUCUAUUAACGUUUUAUACCGAUCGACGUUCCCUGGAACGGUCGCUAGAAUCAACGGUCAAAGAUAAAAAACUGCUCUCUUCAGGAACCUGUGAACUGGACUGCGAUCUUUCUGCGGCCAGCGAAAUAUUUUUCAAAACAGUGGCUAUUUCUGUGAAGUGUACGAUGAUAAUGUCGACUCUGAAUUAGACCGUGUCAAUCGCGAGAUCAAGUCGACGCGCUAUUGUGAUCCAUGAAAAUUUCACUCGUCUCUUGUCGUUUUCGUAUUUCGAGGCUUUAUAAAGGCUAAUUCGUGGAAGCUUCGUAAAUUACCGUAGUUUCGAUAAAAUCUGUUAAAAGUUCAUACGUCCCUUAUCAUGUUCCGUAUUUUGAAGCUUCGUAAAAAUUCAGUUGCACGAAAGUUGAUAGUAAACUAGAUAAACUUCUGUUAUUAACUAACUGAACAAUUUGCAAGUGAAGUGAAUCUGUUAGAAAGUGUUCGGAAAAUGAAGCUGUUGCCAGUGGUGUUAAUUUUCACGAUAUUAUCGAUAUGUCAAGGAUAUCGAAUAUUAGGCGUGUUUCCCUUCAAUGGAAAGAGUCACUUUAUGAUGUUCGAACAAUUAAUGAAGAUUCUGGCUAGGAGAGGACAUCAAGUCGACGUGAUUAGUACGUUCCCUUUGACGAAGCCGUAUCCGAAUUACAACGAUUUAAUCGUGCUACCGAUGGCGAGACAAUUCAUGAACAACAUGACUUACGACGAAAUAAACACGUUGUUUGCGGACUCGGCUACUCAUGUCGUGGCCACUUUGGCGGGAAACAAUAUUUGUGAAUUUUUGAACAACUCACAGGUGCAGCAACUUAUACGAAACCCGCCUAACGAUCCACCUUACGACGCGGUCAUAAUGGAGGUAUUCGGCGCGCAGUGUUUCGCGAUAUUUGGUGAUAUCUUAAAGGUGCCAGUGAUAGGAGCGAGCUCCUCUGUCCUUUAUCCAUGGAUCUACGAGUGCAUAGCGAAUCCGGAAAAUUUGGCGUUCGCGCCAAGCAAUCUAAUCGCCUACUCGCAGAAUAUGAAUUUCUGGCAGAGAAUGUACAAUUUUGUGCACACCGUUUACACGAAAUGGGAGUUCAAAGCAAAAACCGCAGAACAGACGGAUAUUCUAAGGAAAUACGUUAGCCCUGACGCGCCCGAUAUCAGAGAAGUGGAGAAGAAGAUAUCUAUGAUCCUCGGUAACUCGCAUAUGUCGAUAAAUGGAAUCAAGCACACUACUCCUGCGUACAUCGAGGUCGGAGGAUUGCACGUACGAGACGAAGGAGUCGAAUUACCGCUCAGUCUAGAGAAAUGGAUGAACGAGAGCACACAUGGAUUCGUUUAUUUCUCGUUUGGCUCGAUGGUGAAGAUCGAAUCCUUCCCACUGAAACUCCUUAACAUCUUCUACAACUCUUUGAGUAAAAUAUCACCUGUCCGUGUUUUGAUGAAAAUCGCAAAAUCGGACGAACUUCCGCCUGGUUUGCCGAAGAACGUUCAUGUCUUGCCAUGGGUGCCACAAGUCAAAGUUCUCCAACACAAGAAUGUGAAGGCAUUCAUCACCCAUGGAGGUCUUAUGGGUACCCAGGAGGCAAUUCAAUACGGUGUCCCUCUGAUCGGUAUACCGUUGUUUGCUGAUCAAUUUAUCAAUAUCAACACCUACGUCUGGCUCAAUAUUGCAGUAGGAUUAGAAAUUGACACUCUGACCGAGGAGAAAAUGGAUCACGCCCUGAAUAGCAUUUUGAACGAUCCAAAAUAUCGGGACACGGUGAAGAAGCUUUCGAGAAAAUUCGUGGAUCGUCCGUUAAGUGCGGCGGACACCGCGAUUUAUUGGGUCGAAUACAUCAUCAGACACGGUGCAAACGCGCUCAGAUCACCGGCCAUGGACUUGACAUGGUGGCAAGUGGAACUAUUGGACGUUGUAGCGUUUAUUCUGAUUGCCAUUGUCGCCGCUCUCUAUAUUAUAAUGACCGCGAUUCAGUUCGUGUUUAAUUUAACGUUUAGUAACUCGGAUUCCAACGAGUUACGCAAGAAGAAAAUUUCUUAAGUACUUCUUUCCUUUCCUUUUUUUUCGUUUUUAUUACGUUGAUGACGUGAAAGCUUGGUUCGUUUCUCCUCGACGAAGUCGUUGCUCCUUUUUCCAUUGAAAGAGAAAAGAAAACGCGAUAAAAAUAUUUUUCGUACUAUAUAUAUUAUUUUUGACAAAAAAAAAAAAAAAAAGAAAGGAAAAUUCGAAUAGAUGUAGUACAUAGAAGAUUGCUUUAGUGGAGAGAUAAGAUCUCUUAGUGAAUUGUUUACGCGACACGCCCUGUAAUCGUGGUUUUCGUAAUUAAUGUCAUUGACGGUUCGACGAUUAGCUGAACUCGACGUUUUAUCUCGUCUCGCUAUUAAAAGACAGAUCCUUUUUAUCAAAACGGAAAUUUACUUAAUCGUAUUGAAUUUAACGAUAAUAUACCAACGUACUCGUAUCAUCGCUCGCGUCCAGUUUUAACGAUACUAGAUAAAUUCUUUUUAAUUUUAUAAAAGUGUAUCAACGCAGAUAUAUUAUUACUUAGGAAAAUUUGUAAGUGCAAUUAAAUUGUGAAUUAAUCCAUUCCAUGCGAACCGGCCAACGACAAAAUAUCGAAUCGCAAACAUUCGACUAUAUAUAUAUAUGUUUCUAUAUAGUGAAAAAUACAAAAAAUAUGCACACGAUGUAUGUUUAUUGCUUGUGAAUUGUUAAGUGAAUAGAUCUAAAGAUGAUUAGAACAUUGGCGUGAAAAAUAAGGAAGAUCUCUGUAUCCGACGAAUUAAGGUCGCAAUAGGCGAAAGCCUAUUAUCAGUAUCAUUAUUGUUAUACUCUUACAGUAACGUAAAUUAAGUAAAUUAAGUAAA